AUGAGCAUCGACCAGAAGGACGCCAGUAGACAGGCAUGCGCCGGCAUGUACUCGCGCAAGACCUGGGGAGGCCACGUUGAUCCAUACAUACUCGUCAAGUUCGUGCGGCCGGACAGUGUACCAGAAGGCGAGGAUCCAAUCGUCAGCCUGGUAAUAUUCGAGUGGAAGGACAGAUCAUUGAUUGGGAAGCCAGACCCAAAGGACGAGAUGGUGAGCGCUGUGGGUGGAAGAGUCAUGGCUAACGGCAUUCAGGACGAUUACCUCUGCGACGAGGCCGCGCGCGAUGCUGGACUCUGCGAGGAAGCCGACGUUGGCUCUUUCAUUCUUGCUACAAACGCGUCUGCAGCUUCAAAAUCGCUAAUCAGAUCCGAAGCCGUUCACCUCAAGGACCCAGGGGCCAUCAACUAUCCUAUCAAGAAGACUGGAUACUAUUGCGUGAGCAGUGCCGCCUACAGUGCGACCGAAUAUAUUGGAAUCGUCGAGUUCCGGAAUGCCUUUGGCGAGUUACCAGCUGCACAGAUCCCAAAAUUGCCCUUUUACGCCGGCUUCACGAUCGUCUACGCCUUCGUCGCCAUGGGAUGGGGAGUGCUUUAUUGGAUGCAUAGACGAGACAUUCUGGCUGUGCAAAAUUACAUAACAGCGAUCCUGGUCUUCCUCAUCAUCGAGAUGUUCAUGACAUGGCUCUUCUACGACUUUCAAAAUCGCCAUGGACUGAAUGGCGGCGCCAAAGCGCUCCUGAUUGUGGUGUCAAUACUCAGCGCCGCAAGGAACAGCUUCUCGUUCUUCCUGCUACUGAUCGUAUGCAUGGGAUACGGUGUUGUCAAACAUGAGCUGGGGAAGACCAUGUGGUAUGUGCGCGCUCUUGCGCUCACGCACUUUGUCUUCGGCGUCAUUUACGCUAUUGCCUCCUUGGCCGUCACUCCAGAGAAUGCUGGACCAAUGGUACUUCUAGUCGUCUUACCACUUGCUGGUACACUGACGGCCUUCUACAUCUGGACACUCAACAGCCUCAACUACACCAUGAAGGACCUCGUGGAACGUAAGCAGCACGUCAAAGCCGGCAUGUACCGCAAAUUGUGGUGGUGUAUCCUCACCAGUAUCGUGGUCAUCUUUGCCUUCUUUUUCGUCAAUAGUUGGACUUUUGCGGGAUCUGGAAAUGCCGACUUCGUACCCAAUCACUGGCAAUCACGAUGGUUUAUCCUCGACGGAUGGCUUCUGCUUGUCUACUUCUGCGAUGUGUCUUUCAUCGCAUACAUCUGGAGGCCGUCCGCCAAUAAUCGCAGGUUCGCCAUGUCUGAUGAAAUUUCCCAAACUGACGACGGUUUUGAAAUCGCUUCAAUACGAGAUAGCAUGGACCUCGACGAUGAUCUUGAAGCGGUCUCCGGUAAUGGCAAUAAAGCGCCUCCGCCAUACGACGCCCCUCUCGGGGGCUCCAGCAAUCCACGCAGGGAUGCCUCGCCUCUACCUGCUCCAAAGCCCACGAAGCCCGCUCAGCUCCCGCGAGAAUCAUUAGAUGGCGAGACCAUCUUUGCAGUAGAUGACGACAGCGAAGAUGAGGACGACAUGGGAGAGGGAAAGCGACUUAAUGGGAAAACAAUUUAG